AAUGUGUUCUACUUGAAACAUAUACGCUGAUGUUCAUUUCUGGAGAGCAGAGGAGGUGUUGAAGAGUUUGCAACAUGAGGCCCGUGCUGUUAAUUGCAAUAACCAGUCUGUUGCUCUGUGCAGCGACCUUCAUCAAGGGAGAGGACGUGCUGGUGACCAUAGAGCAGGGUACUCUCCAAGGAACUGUUCUUACCAGCGUCUAUAACACGUCUUACACAGCCUUCCUGGGCAUCCCGUACGCUGAGCCCCCAGUUGGAGAUCUCCGCUUCCAGCCGCCGCUUGCAGCAAGUGGGUGGGAUGGAGUCCGAGAUGCCACCCAGUACGGCAGCGACUGCGUGCAGGCGACUGGCAGCGGCUCGGAGGACUGCCUCUACCUGAACGUGUACGUGCCUGGAGUGCCAGGGGAGGGUGCAGGGCUGCCCGUGAUCGUGUGGGUGCACGGCGGAGCUUUUGUCAACGGCAGCGGAUCCAACGUCACCAGCGGUCCAGAUUUCCUCGUCUCUUAUGGCGUCAUCCUCGUAACCAUCAACUAUCGGCUGGGCCCACUUGGAUUCCUGAGCACGGGGGACUCUGCGGCCCUGGGGAACGCCGGCCUGAAGGACCAGCGGCUGGCCCUGGUGUGGGUGCAGAGCAACAUCGCUAGCUUCGGGGGAGACCCGCAGCGCGUGACGCUGCAGGGGCAGAGCGCGGGCGCCGGCGCCGCCUCCCUGCACCUCGUCGCGUCGCCGGGUCUGUUUUCGCAAGCGAUCAUCGAGAGCGGCACCUUUGCCUCCUCCAUGACUAUAGAACGGAACCCUCGCUACCACGCCUUCAAGCUGGGCGCCGUCCUCGGCUUCGAGACGGAGGACUCCCAGCAGCUGGUGGACUUCCUGCGGUCCGUGAACGCCACCGACCUGCUGGUGGACAAGUCGCUACUUAGCACAGACGAGGAGAAACUGUACAUUUCAUUCCUAAUUUGGGCACCGACAAUAGAACCGCAAGUUAAUGGCAGCCUUCUGUCUGAGUCACCGAUAACUGCAUUGAAGGAGGGUCGUUUCAGCCAUGUGCCCAUUAUGAUAGGUGGAACAUCAGCUGAAAACGGUAUCAACAUACUCAGCCGGCUGGAUGUCAUCAGCAACCUAAACGAAGUGUUUGAGGAAGUUGUCGGCCCAUGUCUUCACCUGCCAACAUCCAUGCAACAAGCGGAAGCAGCUCUCAAGCUCAGAGAAUUCUACUUCGGAAAUAACACUAUUUCACUGGACGAUCCGGAGCCUCUAGUCCAUCUGACACAGGACGUCAGCUUCUUCGAUGCAACUGAUGCGGUAGUAAGAACUAUCGUCGAAACAGCAGACAUUCCUGUGUACUACUACGAGUUCGACUACCGCGGAGACAGUAUCCCGACGAAUGAGUGGGGUGUCAAUCACGGUGGAGAACUGAGACUUCUGUUUUUGCGUAAUGAUACCAAGUAUAACUUGGAUCCCACCUCUGAAGAAGACGAGGUGCGAAGGACCCUGCUGCGGCUCUGGACCAACUUCGCCAAAUAUGGCAAUCCCACACCGGAAGGGGAUCCAGUGACGUGGGAGCCUUAUAACCCGAGGAACCGCAGCUAUCUUCUGAUGCGAGCCAACUUCAGUCUUGAGGAAAACUUCCUGGGCGAACGCAUGGACUUCUGGAACACGAACAUACCUCUGAUGCCAUACCCGGGCACCUACUAGAAGCGGGCUUCAAUCAGGAUAUAUCACACAUUUUUUAGAACUUCUGCACGAUCUCAAAAAUCUGCACAUACGACGAAGUUGCUGUAAUAUGUUGCUUAUAUCUAUAUACUACUCUAUAAGCGCAAAAAAUAUUCACUGUUUCAUUAUUUGGGCGCAGUUUAUAAUUUCAUGUUAACACUGUGUUGACAUAAUUAAGUUAACAGGUUGCUUUUUUAUUAGUGAUUACUACAAUCGCAUAUUUCUGCGAACUUUGGUGAUUAAUAAUCAUAAAAGUUGUGCGUACGUAAAAAUGUUAUCGUCUUCUCCUGAAUCGUAGGAAUUCUCACUGUAAGCUAAGACCCUAGGAUUCAGAAGAGGUCACCGAACUUGUUGCUUUACGCCAACCUUGGUUUUCCGCCAGUCCUCUAGAUGUUUUGAUCCGUGGUUCGGCCCUGAAACUUACUAUUCGUGGAUCAUCUCCAGGACACGUACAGCCAUGUUUGAAUACAGCCAUACAUUUCACAGCUGCAUAAAGUUCGAAUGUAAACACCAGUGCAGUAACACUUUUAAUGAAAUAAAGGUAGCCCAUACAGUGGUCAAUAUUUCCUA